AUGGGGAAUCCAACGCAGGGUCUACUAUAUGUAGCCUCCAGGAUUAGAUCUCUAGCGCGAAUAUCACCAGAUGUGUAUAACGCCUGGUACGAUGAGAUCCAUGUGCCUCAUGUUCUGGAGACCCCUGGAAUCAAACAAGCAUUUCGUUAUGAGUCUACUGCAACCUCACUCGACAGCACACCGUGGCCAUUUCUUGCUCUCUACCCGAUUCAAGAUAUUCAGGUUUUUAACACUGAGGAAUUUACAAGCAUUCCGUUGUGCAGUGAUGCGCUACCUGGGCCGACGCACAGUUGCCUGGAUAUAGCCGAGUUUGAUAACAGGCGAUAUCGAUUGGUGGGGAAGAUACAAGACGCCGACACGUACAUACCAAUAGGUUCGAAAUCACAUCUCCUACUCGUGGAAUUUGACCUACCUUCACAAAUUGAUGGCUCUGACGAUCAGGCUACACUGGACUGGUUCAGUGAUAUAUAUAGUGGCAAUGUAUAUCAAUGGGUCAGCAUUUACAAGAUCUUCUGGUCUAGCUUGUACAAAGACGAGCAGCUGGCAGACCUGCCAGCUUACCUGGCUUUGCUUCAAUUAAACGGUGACAAGAAUACAUAUCAACAAGCUAGCCAGGAACUUCAGGAACUUCAGUUUGCUGCAAAAGUUGACCAGUGGAAACUACGAAGGGCAUUCCAUUGCUGA